AUGGAAUCAUCAUCUGAGGUCAAAAGAUCAACCCACGUCAUCAAUGUGCAGCCAAAUGAGACUGUACUGACCGCACUUCCCUAUGGACCUCAUAGCUCUCUGCUGGGAUUCCUGAAGGGAGAGCCGAAAGUCUUGGGGGCUGCCCAGGUCCUGCUUGCCCUGAUCGUUGCCGGCAUCGGAGCUAUAUUUGCAUUGAACUACUUCCACUUUGCCCAAAGAUUCCCUCUGGUUUUCUUGACAGGAUAUCCAUUCUGGGGAGCAUUUAUUUUCACUGUCACAGGGUGCCUCACAGGAACCAGCAGCAAUGACAAGUGUAUGGGACAAGGUGUCACGGGCCUGAAUGUUAUCAGCUCCCUGGUCUCAGUGGCUGGAAUCAUUUUCACCAUCAUCAGCUACAGAUACCAACACAAGUACUGCCAAGGGCCUUCCCUUGAAGGAAUAUGUGUGAUAGGCAGAGUCCUUUACAAUGGAAUCUUGUCGGUCUUACUGAUCAUCAGCAUAGCAGAGCUCAGCAUCGCUGUGACCAUCGCCUCCUUUAGAAGCAACUGCUGGGCAAAUUCAAACGAGAUUGUGUUUUUCUUGCCUUCGGAUGCUACUCAAGAGAGUGAACUGUCUGUUCCCGACGAAAAUGCUGUCAUACAGUUUGAGCUACAAGAAGAGUCCACUAGUGCUGAUUCAGUGACCAACAUAAAGCCUGUUUUCUUUGGAGGCUACUCAUUCUUCAAGUUAAGAGUCACAAAAAAUCAGUUUGCCUUCCACCAUGCAGGCAGGAGAGGCAGUGAUAGUUUCAACACAUCUUCUCUGUUUAUGGAAGAUGAACGACAGAAAUAUGUCCCUCAGACAGUAAGCCUUUAUGGGGAAGAAGCGGAGGUGAAACAUUCGCCUCCCAUUCUAGAGGAAAAGUCCCCAGAAAUCAUGAUGAAUACUGAACCACUGAAAGAUGAAGACCUACAAGCUGCUAUCACACGAUCCCCGGAAGAGAAAACUCCACUGUUGCAGGACCAAGCCUCAAAACUCCAACUUUUUCCAUCUUAUUCUGUAAAAAGUGUCCACAGUUUACCGCUCCAAGACUUGCCAUCACAAGCUUCAAGAGCUGAAACUUCGCCAGAACAAGACUUGCUAUCUGAAGCGUCAUCUCAUGUCACAGAGUCUCAUGGAAUUACAUCCCAAGACAAGCAAUCCCAGGGCAUAUCACUGCAAAAUACACAAUCCCAUGACAUGCUAUCUGACUACCUCCCGGCCCCAGACAUGCCUGCGCAAGACCUCCCUUUCCAAAGACAAGCCCUGCCAUUACAAGCCAUACCGUUUGCAGCCACAUCAUUACUUUCUGUGCAGUCCCCUACUAUGCAACACCUAGAUCGACGGUCUCUGGAUUUUCAGCUACACAAUGUCCAAUCUCAAGAACAGAGAGCUGUGCAUCUAUUAUAUCAAGACAUUAAAUCGGAGGUCAUGCUAAUGACCGAAGAAUGGAAACCUGGGGAGGAACUUCAGAGCAGGAGGCCAUCAAAGCAGCAUUCCCAACUGCAGCAAAGCAAAGGCUGUCCGUGUGCAAGACAGAAAGCCCCUGACAUGUACAGUCAAGACCAACCGCCCCCAAGGAGGAAAUCCCUAGACAAGCACAUCAGAAGCUGGCUCUCUCCAAAAAAGCAGUACCUAGACAAGGAAAUCCAGGUUAGUCAAACCAUACUGCAGCUCCCAGACCAGCAAGCUGAGAGCCUGCGGAUCCAAGAGGAGGAACCCCCGAGGCAGCUGUACCAGGAUAUGCAAAUCCAGGAGUACCAUGACUGGCAGUCUCCAGACAGGAAAGUCCAAAUCUGGCAAUCUUUAGGCCAACAAUCUCAAGAAUGGAGAACUCAAGACUGGAAAAACAAAGAAUGGGAAAAACAAGAAUGGCAACUUGAAACACGGCAUUCCCAAAAUUGGGACUUCCAGACCUGGAAAACCCAAGAUCUACAAGUGAAAGAAUCCCAAAAGCAGAGGUCUGUAUUCCAAGAAACCCAGACUCUGCAUGCGGCUAUUCCACCUGACCUAGAAGAGCGAUCCCAGGAUGUUCUACAAGACAGUCAGCACCAAGAUAAAGAGCAACAAGGCCCUCAGUCUGCAGGAGUCCAGAAAGAAGUUAUGGAAACAGAUGCCGUGCAAACAAGGGACAUCAAAUCAGAGGACACGAGCUGUGGAAAAAGUCAGACUCUAAGUGACUUGCAAUCAGAAGACACGAAGUCAGAUUUUAACUGUUUCUCCUACCAAAGCUCAGUACAAGAACUUCAGUCCACAGGAAGUCAAAAACAAGAUAUGGAAACAGACGCCGUGCAAACAAGGGACAUCAAAUCAGAGGACAUGAGUUGCGGAAAAAGUCAAAGCCCAACUGACCUGCAAUCAGAAGACAUAAAACCAGAUUCUAACUGUUCCUCCUACCAAAGCUCAGUACAAGACACGUAUCACACCUACAUGUCCAAUAAAGAUUCAGAACAAGGUGUGAAACAAGACACAUCAACUUGCUCAGCUGUAUGCGAAGAAGACCAGUCUUUAGCUUCCACCUCCUGUGACCCAAAAGAAAGACAGCAAUCUGAAGACUCGAGCUAG